CGAACACGCUGCGGACUCCGCCGCUUCUCACACUGCCAUCGAAUUGUUAUCCUAAUUCGUUCCUAGGCCCUUAGCCUAAAACGAACGCGACGCGAUUUACUUAUACAAUUUCUUACAAACCCAUUGGUAAACCUCCUGACGGUUCACGCUCCGUACGAGCUUUCUUGUAAAUGACUCGAGUCUUGAUCGAUCGACUGCAUUAAAAAGUAAAAUCUUUUACUAUCGUUUUGCAGUUUUUUUUUGCAGAUUUUUGAAUUGCGAUAGGAUUAUUAAACUUUAUAUUUAUAUAUUUACUUGAAAGUGGUUGGAGGUCAUUUGUGUUUAGCUUAUUUUAUAAGUGUGGUGCCGUCCAGUGCUUAGUUCAUUGAGUGAACUGUGCAAUUAUUUUGAAGUUGUGUUUUUCUUGACGUAUCUUGGGUUGCGAGAAUUAGCAAUUUCUUUUGAUUUGUUAUCGUACAUAUUAAUUUGCUAUUUCCGUGAUAAAAGCGCGAUCCAUGCUUGGAGUUAUGACUACCAUGUGAUCAUAUCGAAUUUCCUAUCAAUAUAUUAAUUAGUUCUCAUUUGACGAAAAUAAUUAUAACGUAAACCGUCGGUAUUCAAGAAACCGAAGAUUCGCAAGUGUUGGGGAAGCUAAAUCAAUCAUCUAUGCAAAACACGGCCAUUGCUCUGCUGGAGUCGGCUACGGCCUUCGAGAAAGCUGUGCUGGAAUGUGAGCAUUUCGAGGCAUCGGAGCACGGUGGGUUUCGGUGAGAGCGUUGGGGCAGCAGCGACAUGGAGGACCGGGGGCCGCCGGACGUGCCCUUGAUCGUGACGCCGCCGUGCGCGGGCGGCGGCGGCGCAGCGCUGACCACCUCCCGCCGAGCUGCGUCCGCGCGGGGCUCCCGCGACGACGGCCCGCCUUCCACCUGGCGAUCCUCCGUCCGUGUUCGCGACACUGGCUUCCGCGGCUCCCGAAAGAGCAUCGUCCGUCUCGAACCGCCUUGUAAUGGUCUCAACGGGUUGCCAGCCAUCGGCAAGGAGGUACUAUCACUGGGCGCGACUAGUGGGCCCAAAGGGACGACGCAGCUAUCUCACCCAUGCACUAUCCUCCACCAUUCUCCUUACAAGGCCGCUUGGGAUUGGUUGAUCCUCAUAUUGGUGAUCUACACAGCAAUAUUCACACCCUACGUGGCCGCGUUUCAACUGAAUGAGCCGGACUUUGACAAGCGCUCCCGCAGCUUUGGAGAAGACCCUAUUGUUGUUAUUGAUAUGAUAGUGGACGUUACAUUCAUUAUUGACAUACUAAUAAACUUCCGCACGACCUUCGUGAACGCGGCCGAUGAAGUGGAGUCUGACCCCGCCAAGAUCGCGAUGCACUACCUCCGAGGCUGGUUCGUCAUCGACCUGGUCGCAGCCAUCCCCUUCGAUCUUCUGCUCUUCGGCACCGACACCGAUGAACAGGGGCUGGAAAGUGAUGAGACGACGACGCUCAUCGGCCUCCUGAAGACUGCCCGCCUGCUGCGGCUCGUGCGUGUCGCGCGCAAAAUUGAUAGAUACUCCGAAUAUGGCACUGCCGUCCUACUACUUCUUAUGUCCACCUUUGUGCUUAUUGCGCACUGGCUGGCUUGUCUGUGGUAUGCUAUCGGAAGCUGGGAACGUCCCCAGCUUCACGCUCCCAUUGGAUGGCUCGAUGCUCUUGCCAAUGACGUGCAAGCAUCAUAUGAUAAUUCUACAGGACCAUCCAUGAGAUCCCGAUACAUCACUGCCCUAUAUUUUACUUGCACUUCUCUUACGAGUGUGGGAUUUGGAAACGUAGCUCCUAAUACUGAUAUGGAAAAAGGAUUUACAAUAUUCGUCAUGCUUGUUGGAUCUUUGAUGUACGCCAGUAUUUUUGGAAACGUAUCGGCAAUAAUACAACGGCUUUAUUCUGGGACAGCUCGUUAUCAUACACAAAUAUUAAGAGUUCGAGAAUUCAUAAGAUUUCACCAGAUCGCUAACCCCCUGCGACAAAGACUCGAAGAAUAUUUCCAACAUGCGUGGAGUUAUACCAAUGGCAUAGAUACGUCGAGUUUACUGAAAGGAUUUCCAGAAUGCCUUCAGGCCGACAUCUGUCUCCAUCUCAACCGCAAUUUAUUGGCAAAUUGCUCAGCGUUCGAAGGUGCUAGUCCAGGUUGUUUGAGAGCCCUUUCCUUGAGAUUCAAGACCACGCAUGCGCCCCCUGGUGAAACACUGGUCCAUCGGGGCGACGUCCUUACGUCCUUAUAUUUCGUUUCAAGAGGAUCUAUAGAAAUUCUAAAAGAUGACAUCGUUAUGGCUAUUUUAGGCAAAGACGACAUCUUCGGCGAGAACCCUUGUAUCUACCCGACGGUGGGGCGCAGCAACUGCCGCGUGCGCGCGCUCACGUAUUGCGACCUGCACCGCGUGCAUCGAGACGAUCUACUGGACGUGCUGGACUUCUAUCCCGAGUUUCGAUCCUCCUUCGUCAACAACCUCGAGAUAACCUACAAUAUGAGAGACGAAGAACUGUGUGGCAUCGAACCUCGUCGCAGGAUGCGUUACGAGAACCCCAGCGAAGCGCGGCUGCUUCGGGAAGCGUACGCGCGCACUACUCGCCGCCCGCACACCGAAACUUUCGCGGAGAAAGUUGACUCUCAGUGUAGCGACGAUGACACCGAAUCUCCAGCGAGCCGUGGGAUCCUUGAGUUUUCCACCGACAAGGCCGGUCAAGACGUGACACCCCUCAAUUUCAACUUCAGCAAACAACGAUCCACUACGCUCAACUCAAUCACGGGCAUGCUAGCGCAACUAAAACGGAGCUUCCCAGACCUCUACCAUCAUAAAACACACCAGCCGCUGCACAACAAGUACUCGCAAUCAACACCACAAACGUACAGAGGUCGCGGUGCGGUGCGGCGGCAGUCGUCGGUGGGGCCCCUGAACGACACGUCGCCGCUCACGGGGGCAGCUGCGGCCGGCGAGCCAGCUGUCAGCACGCCCGCCCACAGCGCCACCCUACCCGUUUCAAGCCUCAGUACCAAUCCCAGCUCCUAUUACACCAAUGCCUCUCCUAGUCCUCCCGCCGCGCCGCCUGCUCCCGUCCACGUCUCGUGUGAUGACAUCCUCGCGCCCGCAGCGCCAACGUGCGCGGCACGAACCCCGUCAUCCCGCUCCGCUCCACAUUCCGCUGUGAAUCUCCAUCAAACCGGCCGGCCUGCUGCUUUGUCUUUUCAUUCGGAAAAGGCUCAAAAUGCUGCAGUGGAUAGUAUUUCACCACAGUACCAAAACGUGGGUUCAGCUGCGACGGCGGCAUCAGUGGCCACUGUGCUAACGAGGCUAGAGGAGCUAAGCAGACGUGUGGCGGUCCUAGAAAGUGGGUUGACGGCAGACGUGCGACGCAUCCUACAGCUGCUGCAAGCUCGCGAACCAAAUCACCAUAACUCGCAACCUACUCACACGCCAUCGCAAUCUAUGCCAAAAGCCUCGUUAUCUGUUCCUCAAACGAAUGAGAAUCAUUGGGAAUGGAGUUGGAACGGCGACCGGGAGCGAGGUGCGGCGCGGUACGGACGAGAGCGCGUGGAGCGCACGCCCGGCGUCCAGCGCUCCGCCUCGGAGCCCCACGCGCCCGUGCCGCCGGCCCUGCCGCCUCCUCCGCACUCGCACUCUUUCUACAGGUAGUGUGAGGCAGGCGAGACGAGCGCUCUCCGCUCCCGGCCCUCGACGCGCUCGCUCGCUGAGUCCGCCU